GUCUCGGUGCACACGCCUCCUACCAAAAUCACAGCCCCGUGGAGCCACCAGGGCUCAUUCACAGCUUUCUAGAGAAAUCUGAGCUCGAACCUGCCAGAAUAGGAGAUCUCACCCACCCCGUUCAGCCGCGAGGACACCUGCAGAAACACAUUCCCAAAGCAAGCCUGGGCGGCUGUGUGAAGUGAGCAAUGGCCUCGAUUUUGCUUGUGUUUGGAAUGGUCACCACCACAUAGGGCCUGAAUGUCCUACUGCUCUCCAGAAAUAGAAAGAAGACCCCAUAUUUGUCUGUUUUGGUGGAAGUCUGGUAGUAGGAAAACUGUUGCAUGGGCCACGAUUUCAGCACAGUAUCAGGUGAAUGGGACCAGCCUUUCUUCCAAAGCAUCAGAAAUUGAGCACUUGGAAAGGAGAUUUGGCCAAGAUGACCCAUUUGCAGGCGGGACUCAGUCCAGAUACUAUAGAGAAAGCACGCCUGGAACUGAAUGAAAACCCCGAUGUUUUACAUCAGGAUAUUCAGCAAGUCAGGGACAUGAUCAUCACCAGGCCUGACAUUGGAUUUUUACGUACAGAUGAUGCUUUCAUCCUGAGAUUUCUCCGAGCCAGGAAGUUUCAUCAAGCGGAUGCAUUUAGACUCCUGGCCCAGUACUUCCAGUACCGUCAGCUAAAUCUGGACAUGUUCAAAAACUUCAAGGCGGAUGAUCCUGGCAUUAAGAGGGCUUUGAUUGAUGGGUUCCCUGGAGUGCUGGAAAACCGUGACCAUUAUGGCAGGAAGAUUCUUCUGCUGUUUGCUGCCAAUUGGGAUCAGAGUAGGAACUCCUUCACAGAUAUCCUCCGUGCCAUCCUACUGUCCCUGGAAGUCCUUAUUGAAGAUCCGGAGCUUCAGAUAAAUGGCUUCAUUUUAAUUAUAGACUGGAGUAAUUUUUCCUUCAAACAAGCUUCCAAACUGACACCUUCAAUCCUUAAACUGGCUAUUGAAGGGUUGCAGGACAGCUUUCCUGCCCGCUUUGGAGGAGUCCAUUUUGUCAACCAGCCCUGGUACAUUCAUGCUCUGUAUACGCUCAUCAAGCCAUUCCUUAAAGACAAGACCAGGAAAAGGAUUUUCCUGCAUGGAAAUAAUUUAAAUAGCCUUCACCAACUAAUACACCCUGAAUUUUUGCCCUCUGAAUUUGGAGGAACCCUUCCUCCUUAUGACAUGGGAACAUGGGCCCGGACGUUACUCGGUCCUGACUACAGUGAUGAAAAUGACUACACUCAUACUUCCUAUAAUGCAAUGCAUGUGAAACAUACAUCCUCCAACUUGGAGAGGGAAUGCUCACCCAAGCCGAUGAAAAGAUCUCAGUCUGUGGUAGAAGCUGGGACCCUGAAACAUGAGGAGAAGGGAGAAAAUGAGAACACUCAGCCACUCCUGGCUCUGGACUGAGCCCAAGCCACCCUGAUGCUCCUGCAACUUGGCCUUCAGUGGUAUCAGCCACCCACAAAGCACAUGUGCAACUGACCCACACAGACACAUGUGUUCUGCUUAACAAGGUCCUCCACUCCUGCCCCACCAAGGACUGUCACCUGAGCAGCCACAGCUGGACAGAGAUUUGAAAGAUGCUUUUUGUUUUAGAAAGGGGAUUGGAGGAUGAAGCAAGGCAUUCAUGUGUAAAAGGUUCUCCCUCCCUAAGUAUUUAUAGGUUCAAAUGAAUUAAAAAAGGGAAAAUCUAAAUUUGAUGCAUACACUGUAUUAGGAAGAGGAUUUUUUUGUCUGAGAAAUCACACAGGGACCCUCUCUAGUUUUUACAAAUUAAGAUUAAGUGUAUUUCCAAGUAAAUACAUCACAGUUAAACUGUGCAGACAUGAUUGUCAAGUUCAAUGUAGUGCGGAGCCCUGAAACAUAAUAUCUAAUUUCCAUUCUUAUUGAAUUCUGUUCUUUGACAUCAUAACCGUAGAAUUGUUCAGCCUAAGAGCAUGUUCUCAUAGGUCUGGCUAUUUGAAAAGUUUUCUUAUUCUGAUAUCCUGCAAAACAAAUGAUUUGGAUGUUACAUUUUUUUUUGUCAGGCUACCAGCUGACAUUCAUGAGCUGACUUUAAAAGACACAUACAAUUUGAAAUAUGACUUUAUCUUAGCAGUGUGAUUUCCCACAGGCAGCCUGAGAACCCAAAGAAGAGGCAUCUCAUUGAAAACACAUGUCAGUGAUUAAUAAACCUAUUCAAGUUGGUUCACUUGGGUCACUACAGCCAAUAGAAGUGCUACCAUACCAUUUAACCCUCCACCCUCCUGCAAUUAUUAAGGUUAUAGAGGAAGGGCCUGGCCAGUGAUCAGUGUAGAGCUAUUAAAUCAUGGAGGAAGACCCUGGAGAAUGGCUAAAUAUGAUGCCCAGAAGUAAGAUAAGGCUAGGAAUGCAGGACAGAAUGCCAAAGAUCACUUUAUUUCUUUAUCUAUUAUUCUUAGAAAUGGAGUCUCCAUCUACCCAUUCAAAGGAAAUUCAAUACAAGAUAAAUAGAUGUCACAGGCAAUUAUUUGUGUCAUGUUUCCCAAGAUCCAUUGUAUAUUUUUAGGUCUAUCUUAGUUGCCCAGCCAUCUGCAUGACAUGGUAUUAAUUAGUAUGACCAAUUGGUGCUCAGUGUCAAAGCAAAACUAUUUUAGUCGAUAAUGGGCAGUAAAAUGUGAUCUUACGAUGAAGUAUUUGGGAGAGUUAAUUUGCUAGCUGAACAGUUCAAAGUAGAAAGGUGAUUGAUCCAACUGGCCAUAAUCACCCUCAACAAAUAUUAUAAUCUUAAUGAUUCACUAUACUCUUCCUCAAUGGAUCGAAUGUUUUAAUUAUUUUUCACUGGUAGAGAAUAACAAUAAAAGCCAUUUUUAUAUCCCAACUUUGAAGUACAUAAUAGAAUUAGAAUUACAAAUCUUUCUCAAACAAUUGCAUCACAAUCUAAAUAAAAUCAAUUCCUUUUACAUAGACAUUUCAAAUCAUAAGAAAAUAACACUGACAUAAUUUUACCAAUGCAGUGGCUGAAAUACUUAUGUAACAAGAUAUAGGUGAGAGAAAUGAAGGAUUAACGCGAAUUAGAAAAAUCCAUUUUAUUGCUUAGGUUUUUUAAAUAAGUGUGGGAUCCAACUAUUUAAAAUGCUAUUGGAGUCAAUUAUUGCUAUCCCUUUGGAACAGUAAUAAUAUUUCCAGCUUUUCAAUUGGCAAUAUUUAGAAUCCUACUGUAGUGAACCAUUGUUAAAUACCAUGUUAUAUUUAGUAAGUUAAGAACUAGUUUUUAUUCUUUUCCACAGUUUCCUUAAAUGAAUGUAAGAGGAUGGUUCAACAAUGACAACAUAUGGCUUGCAUUUGUUUACCUGUAUGCAAUUUACAUAGGAAAACCAAAUUUAAUAAGUAACAUGAAUGAUACUACAUAAACACUGGAUUGUAUUGCCCUUUGUCAGUCAUUUCCUGUUUAAUAAAUACUGAAGGACACAAA